UAGUAAAGAUGGCGGAAGCUAUUAUUGAAAACAAACCAGAGGGUUUUCUGCAGAGACUUUUAAAAAAAAUUGGAGAAGAAAGAAGGCGUAGCGGUAAAGGCAUAGUGGAUGCAGAAAACGGAUUUGAGUUGUUAAAUACUAAUCAAUUCUGGCCAGACAUAUUUUCACAAUAUUAUUUGAAUGGUGGGUCUUCACCAGAUGACUGCAGGGAUGAUAUGUUGUUUUAUAUUCGUAAAAAUCCAGAGCUUAAAACAAAACAUGGUCUUAUACAGCCUUUAGUGGAGGUGUACAGACGAGACUCUAAACGUCUUCCUGCGUUAGAUGAACCUACAAUUGAUUGGGAAGAAACAGUUUAUUUAAAUUUAAUUUUACAUCAGUUUGAAUAUACAUUGACAUGUGGUUUGUGUACAAGAACAGACGAAAAUAACUUACAGAUUUUAAAAAAGUUUUCACAGAGAGUUUAUCCAAGUCCAAGCAGGAGGUCAAUGGAUAGUAAAGGAACACAUGAAGAAAUCACAUAUCCUAAUAUAUUUUUCACUGUGGAUGAUUUUGAAGAGGUAUUUCAAGAUAUGAUUGUUCGUGACAGUGAAAGCGUAGCCGUUGAGUUAACAGCCAAUGACAAGCAGGGAUCAUUUAAUGGUGUUUUAUUCCUAGGUUCUGUCAAAUAUGAUGCAUUGAAGCGGGUCUAUGAUUCAAGGGCAAGUCUAACACAAAAGUUGACACAAAGAAUGUCAAUGGGGCUAAUAAAAAACAAAAAGAGGGUAGAGUUCAUGAAGAUGAGAGGGCCUAGAGGAAAAGGCUGUGCUGAAAUGGCCGUCAGUAGGCUUAAAGGAUCUGGGCCAGAAACACCGGACCUAGAAAACUUUCCCGUGGGGGACUUUGACAAUGGGGAACAAGAGGACCAGUAUUCUCAAAGAAGAAUGAGUGAUCCGAGUCAAGGGAUCACAAAUUAUGUACGCGGCAGCUUUCGACGUGCCCUUAGUAUGAAAAAGUCCCGCUCAGAUACAGGGAGUGUUGACACAGGGAACGCUGAUGAGGAUGAAACAGAGGUGGAGGCAGGUACAUUACAGGACGAACUAGCAGAGAGUGAGCAUUACAAUGGGUUUUGGGGCAAGUCUUUCGGCCAAGCGUGGCAUUGGUUUAAAGAAAAAAAGAGAGCCUCUUCUGUAGCCUUAAAUGCUAACCUCACCUACGUCAUGUUACCUUGGCACAGAAUUAUUGCAGAUUUGUUGGAUGAGCAACAGAAACCUGUUCUUACACACUGACAGUUGUUUCAGUUGUCAUCAAGUCAGGUUCAACCUCGUGGCAGUAUGUAAUGAAUCAGGUUCAACCUUAUAGUAGUAUGUAAUGAAUCAGGUUCAACCUUAUAGCACUAGCAGUAUGUAAUGAAUCAGGUUCAACCUUAUAGCACUAACAGUAUGUAACAAGUCAGGUUCAACCUCGUAGCAGUAUGUAACAAAUCAGGUUCAAAUUUAAAGCAGUAUGUAACAAAAGAGUUUCAAACUUGUAGCAGUAUGUAAUGAAUCAGGUUCAACCUUAUAGCAGUAUGUAAUGAAUCAGGUUCAACCUUAUAGCAGUAUGUAAUGAAUAAGGUUCAACCUCAUAGCAGUAUGUAUUAAGUCAGGUUCAACCUCUUAGCAUGUAACAAGUCAGGUUUAUUAAUGUAGUUGUAUGUAAUGAAUCAGGUUCAACUUCAUAGCAGUACGUAAUGAAUUAGGUUUAACCUCAUAGCAGUAUGUAUUAAGUCAGGUUCAACCUCACAGUAUGUCAGGUUUAAUUAUGUAAUUCAUAGUCAUCUUGGAUGGUCCCAGUGUUCAAUGUUGGCUCAAUUGUAUGGUAGUUUAUAAUUAGUUCUACAAAAAUGCAGGGAAAAGAUUAUAUACUUUUUGUUUAAAAAGUUAUUGUGAAUUUAGCAAAAUGUAUCAUUAAAAUUACGUAUCAUCAUGUAAUUUACUGACUAUACAUGUGCAUAAUGUAUUUCAUUUCAUGUUGGCAGAUAAUGAUAUACUCUUCUACUUAAAUAAAUUUUACUGUUUAAUAAGUUUCAGCAUUAAAGCUUGUUGAUAACUUUUUAAUGUAAUAGUUUAUAUUAAUUAGAAAGAUGCUGUUGUUUCUAAAUUUGCAUUUUUAAUUGUUAAAUUGAAGUAAAUUUGAAUCCCAGUUAAGAUAAAUAAUGCUGAACAAGUUUUUUUUGUUAAAAUAAAUUCUUAAUUUUUUAGUAUUUAUAUUCUCAUGAACAAUUAUUUUUGGCUAAGCCGCUGAUUGAUAAAAACUUGGAUUUAGUAAGAAUGAGAAUAAUCUCAAAGAAUUAUAAGAAAAUAAAACCUAGUUAUUCUAAGAAAUUAGAACUUGUAUUACUAAUACAUUACCGGCACGCCAAACUUAAGGUUUAUCAAAUUCUAAGAACGAUUUUUAAUUUAUUUGUUCAUUUUAAUUUUAAUCUACUGAUGUGUAAAUUUACUUUAAGAUGAAACAACUGUAAAUGAAUUUCCUUUAACGAUAUAAUCUGAGAUGAAGCCUUCCAGUUACAAAAGUUAUACAUUUUAUGACAUUUUUUAAGUUAACAUACAUUUUCAGGAAUAGAUAAGCCACCAUUCCAAAUUCAUUUGUAGAUGAUUUUAGGAACAAAUAUAUUUAUCCUUUACAUAAGGCAGCAGUUAGUGUUUUUCUUAAUGAGUCAUAGUCUAAAUAAGAGUUGAACAAUUUUCAUACUUGUCAGUUGAAAGUAACUAAAAUGGUCAGAAAUAACUUGGCCAGACAAGUUUAUAAUUACAAUGUGGUCCAUUUCAUUAUGGCUUCAUAUAAACAAAAGUACCAUUGUGUUUAUAACAUAAUGGCCAUCUAUUAAGUUAAGUUUUACUCACUUACAUAUUUUUUAAAUAGCUACACUUCAUACUAAUGCAUGCUAUUGUAAUAACACUACUAUAUUGAAACCAGUAUUAUGGCUGUAUAAAUGAGCUAAAACUUUAGUCAGAUGUAGUUUAUGUUUGCUCUGUAAGUCUGCAUUUAGGUACUUUUUGUUGUUGAUGUGUAAAAGCUAGUAUCUUAAAGUCAUUCCAUUGUUAUCUUUUGUAAAACAUGUUACUUAAAACAUGUUACAUAAUUUUACUCCAUCGUGUUUUAAAAGUGUGCUGUUUUAUUUUAAGUGCAUGGUUUCGUAAACUGUUUUAUGCUGGAAAUGUUUAAUAUUUUCAUCAAAUAACCAGCAAGCGAAAUGAAUCUUGUAUAUCAUGAAAUGUUUGUAUUCAGACCAAUUAAUCUGCAAAUCGGUGCUGUCCACGGACCAACAGUUUGAGAAAGACUGAUUGAGAAUAAAGAGUUAAUGUCAUCCAUCUACAGUGUCACGCAAGUCUCUUUAGAAGGAUCAAAUGUAUCUCUUUUAUUUGUUAUAAGGAAGUUUUACUAAGUAAAAAGUGGGGAAAUGUAAAAUCAAUAUUUGUUUUGAAAUAGUUUCUACAUAAACCCGUUUAAAUUAACUUAUUUGAUGUAAAAAUAUAAUUUUCAGUGCAGCUAUUAAAAAAUGUUGUGACAAAAAAAAUGUUUCUCUCUCCUCAAAACAGGUUGCAUAUCAUUGGAAAAGUCUACCUGUACAAUUAUAUUUCAAAUAGAUUGUUUCAACUAAUGACCAUAUAGAUAACGAGCAUUUACUUACCACCAAAUACUGCCACUAUAAAUUGCUUGAUUACAAAUGUGAACAAUGAUAUAAAAGAUCAGUCAUUUAUUGUAAAGCAUUUUUUAAUAAAUUGCCACCCAUUCUCCACACUUCUGUUGUAUACAUUAUCAUGUUAGCUGUCUACUCUGCUAUACUUCAUUUACCUUGCUAUACUGUAAGCUGCUAAUUAAACAUUUUAAACGAUCCCACCAUAUCUAAAUUGUCAUUGUAAAUAUUUGAGCCCCCAUGUAAUAUAGUGGAAAAUAUUGGAUAGAUUUUUAAUCAAUUCUCUCUGUGUAUGUUAAACUAAAUUUAGUCAAUUUAAAUUACAUUACCAUUACAGUUAAUAAAUAAAAUGCACUUCUAUAGGAGUCAUUUUAAUUUUUAAUUAUUUAUACAAUAAAUAUAUAUUUACUGUAUAUAAUAAAUUGUCUUUAAAUCUUUUAGUCUUUGAAUGUUUUCAUUAUUGAUCUCGUCUAUUUAUGAAAAGGCUUGGACUUAGGAAAAAACAAUAUUAAGUUGCUAUUAAAUUAAUUUUCUUUCUUAUAAAUGAGCUCCUAGAAAUUAAGUUUAUGUUUAAUCUGGUGAUAUAUUUUUCUUUUUUUGAUCAGUUUAAAAAUUUAUCUGUUUAUUCAUGGUGUAAAUAGAAUUGUAAAUUAUUUUUGUGCAAUAAGUGUCAGAGAGCAUUGUGGUACAGAUUCAAGUUGUUAAUCUCUUUUUACUUUGUCAAGAUCUUGAUAUUUUUUUCCCAACAUUACUUUAAUAUCAUCACACUUUGGUUCUUUGCUUUUUACAACCUUGUGUUUAAGAUUAUCUAGAUUUUCUCUAAAUCCUUUUGAA